AUGGUUUCUCUGAUUACUCCUUGCAAUAUUCCUCACCUCCCGCCAGGCCGCCCUGCCGCUGAUAUCUCCAUAAACUUGCGAGCUCCUCUCACCUCUGAGACUGAUGCUAGUGUUUCUUCUGAAGACUUUCCAACAACUUUUGUCGCCACCUCUGCUCAAGCUUCAUCCACUGUUGCAUUCACCUCUGCUCAAGCUCUUGUCGCUGAAGGUCUGCCAACUACUCCUGCCACCACCUCUGCCCAAGCUUCAUCCACGGUUGCGUACACCUUUGCUCAAGCUCUUGCCGCCACCUCCGAACAAGCCUUGAUGGGUGCCACUCCCACUGCUGCUCGUAUGCCCCUACGUGUUCUCGCUGAUCAACCUGUAGCUCCUUCUGCCACUGGCCAUGUUGCCUCCGCCAAUGCUAUCAACAAUGGAAGCCCCCUGCUUCCUACCGUUGCAAUUGUUGCCCUCUUGGCCACAACUGUUGCUCACCCCCGUAAUGUGUCUGUUCCGGCUCCCCCCAACGCUGGUACUAUUCUCCCCUAUCCUCUAGCCCCAUCGCCUCUUCCCCCACCUCUAAAAUCUAGGCCAACACCACCCCUAAACCUUCUUCCACCUUGCAAGUCCUUAACUCCUUAG